GCCUCUUCCGCUGUUUCGCUCUCUUCUCUGAAACACCCCUUCGGUGAAAGCCACAGUGUCUGAGCGUGUGGUAGCGACUGUCAGCCUGCCUGGCCGCCCGGUUUUUUUUGGAGAGAAUAAGUUGGCAAGGGGAUGUGACUGCGAUGAUGGCGCUGCAGCUGAAGAACGGGGAUGCAGCGUACUACCAGAGUGCGGAUUACUGCAGAAAUUACACUUCGCCGCCUGUCAACUACGGUGACAGCAACCAUUAUCUUGCCCGAUUGCCAGGCCCAGAGACCAUGUUGAAACCUCCCCUGAGUCUCUUCAGCCAUCCCCAACAGCCUUUCCACCACAUGGACUCUCUGCACCAGCUGGGACCUCCGCCAAUGGCGCCUACGCAGCCUCUCGGCCCACCACCCCUUGCCCCCGCACAGGCCAUUGGACCCCCAAACAUGGCUCCUACCCAGACUCUAGGGCCCCCUCCCAUGACUGCUACUCACACGUUAAGACACCCCCCAAUUACCCCACCACAUAGCCUAGGCCCCCCUCCAAUGGCCCCAGCUCAGCAACUGGGGCCCCCACCAAUGGCACACGCCUUGGGGCCCCCACCUGUAGAUCACACACAAGCAAUUGUGCCUCCAACCAUGGACCUCAUUCAACCAUUGGGGCCUCCACCUCUGAACCCUGCACAAGCACUGGUGCCCCCGCCUGUAGUGGCACCCGGAGCCGGCCGAUUCCCCCUCCCUCCCAGCCCCAUGUCCUCCCCUCCUGCUCCGGGCCCAGACCCUUCACACCUGCCCCCAAGACCCCCAGGACCGGCUCUCAUCCCCGCCCCGAUGUCCUGCCUCAUCCCCGGUCCUCUUCCGGGUCAAGCAGCUCCAGCCAGCGAGCAGCCCCAAGAUGAGGGCUCUCUGCUGGGGAUGGAGGAGCAGGAGGACUCCCUGGGGUUGGGGGAACUGUGUAAACCACUGUACUGUAAACUCUGCAACGUUACCCUCAACUCUGCUCAGCAGGCACAAGCUCACUACCAGGGGAAGAACCACAGUAAAAAGUUAAGAAAUUUCUACGCUGGCAGUCAACAGCCUCCAGCCAUCAGGAUCCCAGAAGUCCUUGAGGCGGCUGGCCAGACAUCCCUCAGCUCAGGAUCAAACGACAGUGAUGCAGGCAGGCAGGCGCAGUAUAAGGGGGCGACCCGGGUCAUCUUGGCCACAGAGAAUGACUAUUGUAAGCUGUGUGACGCCUCCUUCAGUUCACUGGCAGUGGCACAGGCUCACUAUCAGGGCAAGAACCACGCCAAGAAACUACGACUCGCUGAGGCCCAACAGAACUCCAAUAACAUGGAAGGCAGCAGUGAGACAACCCCGAGAAGAAACAGAAAGGAUGGCAGUGAGUACAGACUGGUGAAAAACCGACGCAGCCCACAGCUUCCUGCAUCCAUGCCAGGACCGUACUACAACCCCAGACCGAGGCAGCGCAUCCCCAGGGACUUGGCCAUGUGUGUGACUCCCAGUGGACAGUUCUACUGUUCCAUGUGCAACUGCGGAGCUGAGCAGGAGACGGACUUCAGGCAGCAUCUGGAGAGCAAGCAGCACAAAGCGAAAGUGUCAGAGUUAAGAUACCGCCACGAGAUGGAGAACCUCGGCUACAGCUAAGAGACAUUAGAGGGGACGGGGUGGGAGAGAUAAGACCGAGAUUAGAGUGGGACAGAAUAGGUGGAGAGACAGUCCAAAUCCAAAGUGCAGUGAAGCAAAUUCUAGCCCGUGUUUGAAGGGCAUAUUUAGUGAAGGGAUUAGCCGAAAUGGCCUCAAGAUCUUGUUGCAAUUCAUUUGAUAUACGCUUAAACACUUAA